AUGGAACCCAAACCUCAGAAGAGUCCAGGCAAACAAUUUACAUUUUAUUAUGAAAAUGAAGUCUGCAAACAAGAUUACUUUAUUAAAUCACCACCUCCUCAGCUUUUCUUCUCUGCUUCUUCUUGGAAAAAGCGGUUUUUUGUUCUUUCAAAGAGUGGGGAAAGGAGCCUUCGUCUUUCCUAUUACAAAGACCAACAUCGUCGAGGGUCCAUUGAAAUUGACCGAAAUUCCAGUGUAGAAGUUGGCAUAAGUGGCCAUGAAAAAAUGCAGUCCGUACAUAAGAUGUUUAAAUGCCGCCCUGAUGAGGUGAUGUCCAUCCGAACCACUAACAGAGAAUACUUCCUCAUUGGCCAGGACAGGGAGAAAAUUAAAGACUGGGUCGGCUUCGUGUCAUCAUUCUGCCGCCAUGGAGAGCCAGCACGCCACAGUCCAGAGGAGAAAUUCUCAUUGGGUGGUAAAAGGCCCUCUUCAGACCCCAGCCCUCUCCUUGGUCUUCCCAGCACAUCAGAGGCUGUCGGCCCCACCAUGCCAAGAAACAGUCUUCCAGACACGCAUUUAAUGGGAAAAAAUUUUCCAGGACUCAGACAAGCCCAUUUACUACAUGAUUUCUCGUCAGAGACUACUGAAGAUACAGAAGAAGAGAGUCAUUAUAUUAGUCUUCAAAGUAUUCUUUUAGAGUUGGAUACUUUUGUUGCUUCCAAUGAUUCUGGUGAAUCUGCUGAAGCUGAUAGUCCAGACCAGUUCUCCGAGAGAACUGAGAAUCACUACAUGUCAAUGAAAUCCUGUUUUUUCAGAGAGAUAUCCCACAAGACUGCUGAUAGCGAAGAGGAAUCCCAGGGCCUUCCAGAGAGCCAGAAUAGUGGGCUUCACUUGCAAGAACAAGAUUCACGAAGUGACUCUUGUCUUCCACCUGCCAAUAUGGAAGCACAGACCAUGAAUGACAAAAAGCAGUCGGCCUCACUUACUGUUGUGCAAUUAUCUAUACUACUCAAUAACAUCCCUGAUGAAGGCCAAGUGGAGAAACUAAAUGUGUUCCUUUCUCCUUCCGACAUCAUCAAUUAUCUCACUCUCAUAGAAGCCGCAGGACAGAUAUGUGUGGCUCAGUGGCAAGGCCCCCCGCGCCUGGGAUGCUUAUUCUUUCACGGAGAUCAUCUUUUGGCCAUGAAUGACCUGAAGCCCCACGGCCUGGACGAGGCCUCCUUGUUUCUCAGCCGGUCUGUCCAGAAGGAGAAAAUAAAACUCACCAUCGGCCGGAUCCCAAAUUCAGAGAAAUUCCAUGCUGUCGCCUGUACGUGCUCCUUAAAAGAUGAAGGUGUUGUACCUUUUCAACUGGAUAGGUCUGGAUCAGAGAAGACACUGAAGAGGAGUCCAGCCAUUAGAAAGGGUCCGUCCAAAGGAAGUAGAGAGUAA